AUUGACUCAUACUGCUUAUUUAUUCUAAAAUGGUGUUGUCCAAAUAGUGGCGGCCAAAAGUUGCCUCUUUAUUUUCUCGCCAACUCGCACCACACCAUUUGAAACUUCUCUUUCUUCACCCCUGAUUAUUCUCGCUAUAUUCAAUCCUCUAUGCCAAAGAAGCAUUACAAGCACGCCUAUGGCAAGCCAGUAAAUACCGUCCACCCUUCCCUGACUUCGAGUGGCCGGCACGAACAGAAUAGCAACGGCGCUCGCCCCGCGGCGGCAUCGUCAUCGACGGGACAGGACCAAGCCAGCGUGAACGAGUUGAUCAGCCAUCUCCGCCGCACACAAGUCUCCAGAUUUGGAUCCGAAGACGGUGCUACGAAUCUACCGAGAUAUGUUGCGCCACGAUCUGUGCAUCCUUCGCUUCGAAACCUCCUCGAACUGCCUGAAACUCCACCUCCCCGCCCUCGCCCCAAUUCACGUCGUACAGUGGUGAUAGGAGGACGCCCGAUCCGACGAACACCUGGCCCACCACCGCCUGAGAGCUGGCUGUUGAGCAGUGAUGUAAACGGUCUCAAUGACAAUGAGAUCUAUCCAACAGAAGGGGUCAGGGAUGUGAUCUACCGUCUCGACCGUCUGCCCGGUGCGACAUUCCCGCGGCAGGAUGGCCUGCUUCAUACGACGCUGAAGUCCAUGGCGACCAAUUGGGCCUGGCACGUCGAAUACGAUGGGACGUUUCUAUCUCAGCUGCCCAGUCAAAUCAAGGUGUUGCUUCUGAGCUAUAUUGGGAUGUAUGCGAGAAACCACCAGCCUUUGAAUGGCUUGAUGCGGGGGCUGCACCCGCUUUUCGUGAUGACGUCCCUAGACCACAGCGAAGGAGACAAUUCAGGCCGACUGAUGACGUUCAGACAAUUCGUCAACGAGCUGGUCGUCUCCGGUAAACCAGGCACGCAAAUCACACCGGGAAAGCCUGAAAACACGGUUCCCUCGUCAUGGGACGAAGAAGAAUCCGAGAGUGGAACAGGAAAUGUCAAUGGCCCUCCAUCCUCCGUCCCCUCUGUUCCUCCUACGCCGCUGAAACCCCUCGACCCGGGUCUUCGGUUCGAGAACUUGCGCUUUCUCUCGCUGGCACAUCCACACCCAGCGGCCGCCAGCUGGAAGUCCCUGCUGAAUCUGCUUCCGCAUCUCUCCCGAAUCACCCAUCUGUCACUGGCGCAUUGGCCCGUCCCGACCAUGACCCCGCACGCGAAGAACGCCCGCGUGCGACAUCCCGCUCACCGGUCCCUGACCUUCUCGUACAGUGGCACGGACUCGUACUCUGCCCUCGAAAACAACUGGAUCGAGGCCGCGACAGUCCUGCGCAAGCUCUCCCGGUCGACAUACUGUUUGAAAUGGCUCGAUCUAGAGGGCUGUGGAGAUUGGUACGCCGCGCUGAGCUGGGACGGGAACAAUGAGGCAUAUUCUACUCCGACAGGCCCGGAAUGGAACGGAUCAUGGCGGAAUGUGGAAUGGCUCGGACUCGGGCCUGGAUGGGUUCCAUCUUCUUCUUCUACAUCUACCAUGAUACCUGACCCGGAGAGAAGAUCCCAGUCACCACCACCGCUGCUUCGUGGCAACCGAACUCUCGCUUCCUCCAUCCAUGCACCCGCAUCUGCACCUUCUGCGUCGUCACCGGACGACCAUCUCCCCUGGGACGUGGAGGAGGAACGAGUCAAAUACCGCCAGGGAAAGGCAGAGGAGCGGUUCCGCGAGAUAGUCACCACCGCCAAAACGGUGGAGAAGCGUCUCUUGCAGACUCGACGAGAGGGACGGGGGAAAUGGCUGCAUGUGUCGUAUGGGCUUGAUGGAGUGGAUGAACAUCUUCUCCGACGGGUCCUUGGGGGAGAUUAUUACAAGUACAUGUAGUAUAGUUAUAGUUAAUAGUGAUACUCCGUAUAUAACUAGUGCAUAGGUAGUUUCA